CGCGAUGGAGGCGGAGACAUGGACCAACAGUAUCAACCAGGCCAAUAAGAUGGCCCUGCUUGUCUGGGCAAAAGAAACCGGCAUCGACCUGGUGCAGAUCAACGGGCAGAGGCGAUACGGUGGCCCCCCCCCAGGCUGGGUGGGAAACCCCCCACCGGCCGGCACGGAGGUGUUCAUUGGGAAGCUGCCGCAGGACAUGUACGAGAACGUGUUGAUCCCGCUCUUCCAGAGCGUGGGAAAGCUCUACGAGUUUCGCCUCAUGAUGACCUUCAGUGGGCUCAACCGGGGCUUUGCCUACGCCAAGUACAGCAACCGGCGCAGCGCGAAGGAGGCCAUCGCUGCCUUCAACAACUUCGAGGUGCGGGAGGGCUGCGCCAUCGUGGUGUGCAAGAGCACGGAAAAGUGCGAGCUGAGCGUGGAUGGCCUGGCCACCUCGGUGAGCCAGCGGGAGCUGGAGGCCGUGCUGCGGCGGGUCACGGAGGGGUUCCUCAGUGUCACCCUGUAUGCCAGCCCCUGCCAGAAACAGGCCCAGCUCGCUGUGCUGAAAUACAGCUCACACCAGGCUGCUGCCAUGGCCAAGAAAACCCUGAUGGAAGGGAACAUGAGGCUCGGUGGGGUGGAGAUGAGGGUGGACUGGCUGAACCCCGAUCUGAAGCAGAAACUGCAGUCGUGCGAGGAGAAGCCAUCAUCCAGCCGGGUGGAAGGGGGCAAGUGCCUGGGGAUCCCCAAGCAGGCACCGCUGUCUCCGGUGCUGCGCAACGCGCUGGACCGCCUGAACACCCUGUGCCGGAGGCAGUACCUGGGGACCCCGCUGUUCCUCACCAAGUGUGUCCAGGCAAACCCCAACGGGUGGCUGCAGUUCUGGUGCCGGGUGGUGAUCCCAGGGUGCCCCGUGCCCUUCAGUGGGUUCACGUGGGUCCGGCAGGAUGGGCCAGGCAGGAGCGGGCAUGAGGAGGCGAAGGUUGCAGUGGCGCUGCAGGUUCUCCGGAUGCUAGGAUGCCAGCUGAUGUAGGCAGCCGUUCUGCCCGAACCAUGAGUUGAACCUGAGCCGCCAGCCUCGGUGCCGCCGGCCGCAGGAGCGGUGUGCGAGCCCUGCUGGGGACCUGGUCCUGUUCCAGCUUUGCCUUGAGUUUAUUCCGGUUUGUUUUGAGAGCUGGCUCUGGAGGAUAGGGCUGCUGGCCUGGUCAAUGACAGCUGCCCUGUCCCCAGCCGGCUCUUGGGGAUGGUUCUGUUUUUGGGGGAGGUAGGUUUACCUGCCCAGUUUGGCUUCUUUUAAGUUGGUUUGUGUUGCUCUGCUGUGGUGGGGGGCCCGGUGCAGGUCUUGGGAGAAGCAGCAGCUGCUUGGAGAGACUGCCAGCGUCGGCUGCGGAGGCAGAGGGGACAUUGGGGGCUGCCUGGGCUCACCAGGGGACCGUCUAUUCUCAGCUGGCAUGCCUUGUUCCAGAGGAACAGCUUCAGGUGAGGACAGGGCCACACAUGGGGACUGUCCUGGUGAACGAGGGAUGUUCCAUGGGCUGAUGGAGUUGCUUUUUAACGAGGAGAGUGUCUGUGGGCUCUGGGAGGUGCAGGGCCAUUUGCGCUGUGGGGAAGUAGCCGUGGGGUUACCGGCUGUCUAUGAAUGAUGCCUCAGGACCAGGAGGUCCGGCUGCAUGCUGUUCACUUGGUAUUAAAGUAGCCUGGAAAGCA